GGAGGAUUUGUCCCCCAUCACGGUGAUCCAGCAGCACCUCCAGGGCGGAGCUGAGGGCCAAACAGCUCCGCUUCCUCCAGGCUGUGCCGCGUCUCUGCUUCUCGGCACAGAGGCAGGGGCGGGACACCCUGGAGCCCCCGGUCUCCAAAGCGGCCCUCGUGGAGAGCAUUACGGAGCUGAUUGAAAAUCUCCCUGGUCUGUCAGAGCCAAGCUCCAUCAUGCCCAGCUCCAUGGCCGCAGUUUGCAGCCUCAGCAAACUGAAGCCACCGCUUGCCCUGGAGCUAGAAUCUCGCCUCCUGCGGGCUCUUCUGAACAGGAUGUACACCCUGGGCACUGGGCAGGACACCACACACUUCUGGGCUCUGUACAACAACUAUUCUCAGAGCCUGGACAUCCUGCUCAGGGGCCUGCUGACGGAGACCCCAACCAUGGAGAAGCUGCAGCACCUCCUGGAGAGCUCCUCCGACUUCUCCAAGGCAGGCGAAUUCGUGCUGCAGCUGGGUCUCUGGAUAUCCCACCCAGCCAGUGACAUCAGUCGGCAAGCCAGGGGUGGGAUCUAUUGGCUUUACUGGCUCCUGCUGCAGAAGAGGGGGCUCAACACCAGAGAGGCACCAGACCUGUGGUGCCGGGACGGGCUCCAUGACCCCGAGCGCCUGGGGUAUAGAAACCUGGCCAGGGUGGGAGAGGUCUUUGGAGAAAUAUUCACCGAAGACCAGAAGAACAGUUUCCUCCAGGCGGGCCUGGUGGCCAUCCACCACCCCCUCCUCCAUGUCAGCCAGGCUGGCCUGGUGCUGACCUAUUCCAUCUUGGGGGAAGCCGGCCAGCUUCUAGACGAUGAGGGGGAGAUUACAGCCAACAUCCUAGGGCAACUAUUUAACAUCAGGGUCUUCGGCCAGGUGCCCGACGCACUGCAGAGGCUGUGCUCCGUGGGGCAGCUUUGAAGACCCCCCCCCUUCGCAUGACCAGCUCCCACCCCAUGCCGCAGCCUCGCUCCAAGCCCUCAAUCCGCCCGCUCCACAGCAUUGCCUCCUCCUUCUCCUCCUCCUGAUCUUCCCCAACCUCUCCGAUUUCCACUACAUGGCUUCGACCUUUGUGUGGAUAUGGACUUUGGCUUGUACUUCCGACCACCCGGCUUCGACCGCCGGCCUGGACAUGGACACUGGCUCCGGUUCUGCCUGCACAUACUCAACACCCAGCAGCAGUAGACAGGUGCCACCAUUAAUCAAACCCUAACC